CAUCUCUCUCUCUCUCUCUUCUCUGUAAGCUUAAAAAAGCCCUCGAAAAUGGCGGAGCCACCACCGUCUUACCAUCACUUCGUAGGUCCUUCGAAACCUCGAUCAUCGAGCAAACGACACUCUUUCUCCUCUUCUUCUGGUACUCAUCAGACUUGCCACCGUCUCUUCCCUUGCCAGUACUGUCCCCGCAAGUUCUACACCUCUCAAGCUCUCGGCGGUCACCAGAACGCUCACAAACGCGAACGCGCCGCUGCUCGUCGUAACCUCGGCGUCCUUUCUCACUCUCCACCCAUCCUCGACGACACCACCACCUUUCUUCGUCAUCCUUACCCUUGUUUUUACCCUAACCAGAUGCAAGGACCCUCUUCUCCUUCUGGAAUCGGACCCGGUCAUGAACAGACGGCGAUGAUGAUGACCAUGGGCGGCAGUGGUGGUGGCUACGAUCCGUUUCCGUAUCCUUACGUGUACCCUUUUGGAUUGUCUGGUAGUAACGAUGGUAACGGCGUCAUGAUGGAAGAAGACGAGCCUCUCGAUCUCGAUCUCGACCUCUCUCUCCGUUUAUGAACUUUUAUCUGCUUUUUUUUUUUUUUUUGCUUUGGUGGGUUUUGUUUUGUUUUGUUCAGAUGACUCUUUUAAGUACAACUUU